AUGCUAUCUAAAAGUACAACGAGAGCCAUUGGUCUAUUGUCAAGAUCAAAAUCGAACUUUUCCAAGACUUUGCUUUCUACAAGAUCCGUAAUGUCAUCCGCCACAUCGUCAGACCUUCCAGCAAACCAGAGGAUAGAUGGGCCCAUCAUCACAAAGAUAAAUGCCAAGAUUAAAGAAGCAUUCCCAGACAUGGUCCACUAUCAAAUCUUUAACGACUCUUAUAAACAUGCCACUCAUGAACCUAUGGAAACUGCUACUAAUACUACAGAAUCGCAUUUAAGAUUAGAGAUUGUCAGUGAUAAAUUCCAAGGAUUACCACUGGUAAAGAGACACCAAUUAGUAUACAGUUUAUUGAAUCAUGAAAUAGAAGUAGAUCAAGUACAUGCUUUACAAUUAACUACAAAGACGAUAAAGGAGUUUACUAAAUAA